AUGUAUUUGGAGAACAAAAGCAACCUAGAAAUUGAGAUGUCUCAGACGUCACCCCCGGACCAUCAGGGCAGGAGCAGCCUGAGGUCACCAGAGGCCGUUGCAGGGAACUUUGGGGAGCUGCGUCUGCUGCAGGGCAUCUCAGAGAGGAGAGACACCCAGAAGCUUCAGCAGUCUGCAGUUCUUCCCUCAGGACAGUGCAUCAAGCACUCUGAGGGCUUUGUCCCUGUUCGACAAGAGGAUGGGCACAAUUAUAGCAUGGUUAAUAUUCUCAGAGGAAAACCUAAUUCAGCCAACAUUACAGAGAGGUCGCCUCUGCUGAGAUUCUCUCAAGAUGACAGUAUAACCUACAUGACCCUACAUGAUCCCAGCUUUGUUGGAGGGGAAGAGCCCUGGGACCUGGAAAAGAGGUAUCGGCUAGGCAGCGAGGUUACCAGCCUGUCCCUAUCCCGCUCUGAUUCCUCAGAGAAGAACGAGCAUCUGGACAACCUCAACCUCAACUUCAGGCUCACCAAAAGUAUGAGAUGCUGCUUCAGGGCCUCCAAAGUUGCCACAAUCUUUACUAUCGUUGUUCUCUGCAGUCUGUUCUUCAGUAUGUAUCCAGAUCGAGACAACCCCUGGAGGAUGUUGGCAGUCUCUUCAACAGACAGUUUCUCAAUGAACUUGACAAAUUUUAGAGACAAUGCUUUGUUGAAGCUUCAGGUGGGAGGGCCUUUCACUGGAGGAAUGAUUGACCUCACCAAUCAGGAGUACAUACUGAUCCAGGUGGAGCAGACGGAGCAGACGGGAGAAAGGAGGAGGAGGACUCAGCAGGUGACCCAUAAUUGGACCAUUCCUCUACUUAGUGAACGAAGUGACCUGAUACAGUUAACAAAAACAUUUGAGAUGAUCAGCAGUGAACCCAUCGUCAUCACGGUUCAGGCCUUCCUGCAGGAUAAUGAGGUGGUGCCGUUAUCCAUGACCCACCAGUCGCUCUACGUCAACGUGGAGACACAGGUGGCCAUCGCUGGAAUCAUCCUGACUGGGGUCUAUGUUCUCAUCAUCUUUGAGAUUGUGCACCGCACUCUGGCAGCCAUGCUGGGAUCGUUGGCAGCCUUAGCUGCCCUGGCUGUCAUUGGUGAUCGGCCCAGUCUGGUUACUGUGGUAGAGUGGAUCGACUAUGAGACGCUGGCUCUCCUGUUUGGCAUGAUGGUACUGGUGGCCAUAUUUUCAGAGACUGGCUUCUUUGAUUAUUGUGCUGUGAAGGCUUACCAGUUAGCCAGAGGAAGAGUGUGGCCAAUGAUCUUCAUCCUCUGUCUCAUCGCUGCCAUUCUCUCUGCUUUUCUGGACAAUGUGACCACUAUGAUGCUUUUCACCCCUGUCACCAUAAGGUUGUGUGAGGUGCUUAAUCUAGACCCCAGACAUGUCCUGAUUGCAGAAGUAAUCUUCACCAACAUUGGAGGGGCUGCCACAGCUGUCGGAGAUCCACCCAAUGUGAUUAUAGUAUCAAAUCAGGACCUGCGCAAAGAAGGGAUUGAUUUUGCCAGUUUCACAGGCUACAUGUUCCUUGGAAUAUGCCUCGUCCUUUUCACCUCCUUUCCGUUCCUGCGGAUGCUCUACUGGAACAAAAAACUCUAUAACAAAGAGUCGAUUGAAAUAGUUGAACUCAAGCACGAGAUCCUGGUUUGGAGGCAGACAGCUCAGCGCAUUAACCCCGCUAGCCGAGAGGAGACAGCUGUGAAAUGCCUCCUGAUGCAAAAAGUCCUCAACCUGGAAAGUCUGCUCCGCAAGAUGAUGAAAACCUUCCAUAGCCAAAUUUCUCAAGAGGAUAAGAACUGGGAGCAAAACAUUCAAGAAUUACAAAAGAAGCACAGAAUAACUGACAAGGUCCUCUUAGUGAAGUGUGUGUCCGUCCUUGGUGUGGUGAUCUUCAUGUUUUUUCUCAACUCCUUCGUUCCCAGCAUUCAUCUUGAUCUCGUUCUCAUCAACCUAAGUCAGGAUGCGGAUGUGAACCUGCCAAUAAAGCCUCUCAUCUUUGCCUUGGCCAUGGGAGCCUGUCUUGGGGGAAAUGGCACAUUGAUAGGAGCAUCUGCCAAUGUUGUGUGUGCCGGAAUCGCUGAACAACACGGCUACGGCUUUUCCUUCAUGGAGUUCUUCAGGUUAGGAUUUCCCAUGAUGAUAAUGACGUGUAUGAUCGGCAUGUGCUACCUGCUGGCCACCCACAUCGGACUAGGAUGGAACAUGUAGUCUACAACUGCUGCACAGAGCCAAAGAGACUGUGUGUGUGUGUGUGUGUGUGUGUGUGUGUGUGUGUGUGUGUGUGUGUAACCUGAUUUACUGAUUAGAUUACAGGCACUGUAUGAAGCACAGCAGCCAUAUUUUGGAAAAUGUCUUUGACUAAAAGUGCAGACCAGCAGCGACCAGAAUUACAGGAGCUUUGACCAAAAAUAUGAAUCUGGUCAAACUGUUGAGUUUUACCAACUUUGUCAAAAACUUGAACCUUUUGUCCUCAGCAAAGAGUCAAUCCAAGGGAAGGAAAUGUGUCUUUACUGGAAGAAAAAUGGUCCCACUCCAUAAUGCUGUACAUGGUGCUACUGCCUCAAUGGGUACAACUGGUGUAGGUGAUUCCAGCUAUGGCCCCUGAUGUCAGACUGUUCAUUCUUUUGGAAAUAUGUGGUUUGUUUACAAAAAGCAACAACUCACUUUUGUAGCAAUAUUUUACACUGAUUUGAUUUUAGAAACCUUUAGGACACUGAUCAAUUUGUUGUUCAAACAUUUCACCCACAGUUACCAAACUUAUGUUAUGAUAUUUUAAAGGAACCACAAUACCCACUGAAAGGGAUUUUAUAACGGUUAUGUCUAAUAUUUUUGUCAGCAGCCCAAAUCUCAAUGCCUUGUGAAUGAAUCUGAAAAACAAAUACAGCAGCGAUAAAAUUGGAGAAUAGCUGAAUGAUGAAAUAAAACAAAUAUUGACUAGUGUUAUCUAAACAAUGUAUACGAUCUAUUGUACUGUGUACACAAUGAUCUCAUGUAAAGUCAGUGAUUUAGUUCAGUUAACCGUAUUUAAUCGUGUGAAACCAUCACCUGUAUUUAUUGUACAGCCCGACAACCUGAACAUGAUUUAUCCUGAAUGGUUCAGACUUUCAGAGCACUCAGACAACAUGAACAAUAAAGGUUGUGAUGUUUCUGCUU